AUGGAAGAGCAAAAUAUAUUAACUUCAAAAUCAUACAAACGUGCUGAAGCAAAUUUAAAAAAUAAAUUAAAAUUGGCAUUUUUGAAACAUCAUCCUCAUUAUUUAGUACCUGGAUAUAAUUUACAUAGCAAUUUUUCUGUGGAUGAUUUUGAUUUGGAAAAUGUAGUAGAACAAUAUCAGGAAUAUCCUUAUCAUUGUGAUUUACCAAAACCUUUAUUACCACCUGCUAAAUUACCUAGAAAUGUAUUGAAUGAAGGAGAUCCUGCAUUAGAAUUGGUCACCCUUAAAAGUCAUAUGAACAGUGAUAUAGAUAGAAUGAAGCAUUAUUAUUUGAAACACAAGAAAGAGUUAGAACUAAUACAUAAGAAGGAUAUAAAGUGGAAUCGUACAAAACAUGCAUUUAUUGCUAAAGUGCCUAAAUAUAUAGCAAACUUAGCACAAAUUAUUGAUAAAGAUCCAGAUCCUUAUUUCGAAGGGGUCUAUAAUUGGUACUAUACUGGUGGAUCUAUAGAUUAUGUACAAUUACAUAAUAAAGAUAUUUUACUUUUCCCAUUUAUGGGAGAAUUAGUCAGUACACCUCUUGAUAAUGUAGAAGAAUUUUUCUGGAAAUUACAAUUGCGAAAGGCAGCUAAAUGUGAACUCAGUGGUUCUUUAUAUGAAUUAAAACAUAAUAUCAGUGUUGAUACAUGUAUGGUUUUAGGCAGGUAUAAACAGCAUUGCAAUUUUUAUGUAUUAUCUGUUCAUAACAGUAAAUGUAAUCUAACUGAAAUACAUACGCAAACAUCAAAAAUUCCUUAUAUUAGUGCAGAUUUAAAUCCUAUUAAUGUAAAUCAGUAUUGCUUAGUAAAUGUUGAAAGAUGUGUAACAUUAUGGGAUUUAACUAAAAUGAAACCAAUAAAUUAUAAUACUGUAAUGCAAACUACUGUACUAGAUGAUCCAUGGAGCAGUAUAACAUUUCAAUCUAUAGAUCCCAACAUUCUGUUAUUUACAGACAGAUGUUGUCUUCAUUACCUUGAUAUUCGGAUUCCAUUUAAUCGACCAGUAUUGACAAUGUGCCCAAAAUUAUAUUUAGAAAAAUGUGAAUAUCUUUCAUUAGAUAUCGCUAGUAGAAAUAAUUUUUGUAGAUAUAUAGGAACUUAUCAUAGCAUUUUGAUGUGUGAUAAUCGUUCUCCACAACAGUGUGUACAACAAAAAUGGACUCAUCAACUUAAGAGUCCACCACUUAUGGGUCAUACAAUAGAUAGAGAUGAUAAAGAAUUUGUUGUUUUAUCCAGUCAAAUUGCUGGUGAAACUACAGUUAUUGUAAAUACUUGGACAACUAGUGAAAUUUCACACUCAUAUAAUUUUCCAUAUAUUCCUCCUCACAUGAAAGAAACAUUGGACCAAUCUCAAAUGCAAGGAAUGUGUUUAAAUCCAUAUUUGAGAGAUAGGUUUGAAUUGUCUAAUACUGGUUCUUUUCUUAUUAAGGACAGUAUGCAGAAUAUAUAUUUAUUUCUUCAAAAUUCUAUUGGUGACAUAUAUUAUCAAUGCAUAACACAUGAUACUGCAUUAGAUAAGUACUCACCUAUUAAUUGUAGGUCGUAUUGUAUAUUGAAUGCUUGGGAAAAAGCUAUAUCAAUACAAACAGAUACUGUAGUACCUCUUACAAUAUCUAGCAAAUUAAAUAUGCAACAUCCUUUUAAAAAUUUUACAAAUAAAAAAUUACGUUUAAAGUACAAUGAAUGUAACUCGGACGAUUGUUUCGAACCGAGUUGGAAGCAGCCUCUUGAAAAGUUAAAUACAUACAUGGAUAUAUUAGCACCAGAACUUUUAGCUGUAUGGGAAAUAUGCGAAGAGGUUCCAUUACCUUUAAUAGCAGCGCCUCAUCAAAAAGUUUUAAGUUGGUUAGAAUCUGCAGAUGCAAAAGUACCAAUUUCAUCACAAGAAGAAAUAGAUAAUGUAUCAACACCAAUUAAUACGCAGGAACUAAUAAGUGUAUCACAAGAACUAGAUAUGAAUUAUUUAGAUGAUAGUAAUGCAUUACAAGAUCUUUUACCAAAAGUGAAAAUUGUACGUUCUAGAAAAAAGGAAAAUGUACGAAAAAGACAAAAAAUGUAA